AUGACCUGUCCGGACGAGCCCGGGCGACUCAUAAACUGGCUCCUCUGCUCGCUGUGCGUGGUGCGGGCACGCAAGCUCUGGAGCAGCCGGCGUCCGAGGACCAGGAGGAACCUCCUGCUGGGCACCGCCUGUGCCAUCUACCUGGGUUUCCUGGUGAGUCAGGUGGGACGGGCCUCUCUGCAGCACGGACAGGUGGCCGCAAAGGGGCCACAGCACAGCCGUGACGCAGCGGAGGCCUCACUCGCUGAGAUACCCCUGGAUGGCACCCUGGCCCCUCCGGAGUCCCAGGGCAACGGGACCACCCUGCAGCCCAACGUGGUGUACAUUACCCUACGCUCCAAGCGCAGCAAGCCUGCCAACAUCCGUGGCACGGUGAAACCCAAGCGCAGGAAGAAGUAUGUGGUGGCAUCUGCGGUCCCCGCCCAGGAGGCCUUGGCUGGACCAUCUCUUCAACCGGAACCUGCCAGGGCAGCUGAUGCAGAAAUGCCAGGGUAUGCUCAGGGAGGCUACCUGGCCAACCUUGGAGAGCGACCAUGGAGACGGGUGCGGGGUGUGCAGUUGCCCAAGGUCCAGGAGAGCAACAUCAGGAUCUACAGCGAGCGCGCCCCCUCGUGGCUGAGCAAAGAUGACAUCCGGAGAAUGCGGCUCUUGGCAGACGGUGCGGUGGCGGGAUUCCAACACGACUUCUCCGGGCGUGGGGCCCUCUUGCUGGUGCUGGAGGGGGGUGCCUCUGGCGCUGCACCCCGCUGUGGCCCUAGCCCCUGCGGGCUGCUCAAGCAGCCCCUGGACAUGAGUGAGGUGUUUGCCUUCCACCUGGACAGGAUCCUGGGCCUCAACAGGACCCUGCCGUCCGUGAGCAGGAAAUCGGAGUUCAUCCAAGAUGGCCGCCCGUGUCCCAUCAUCCUCUGGGACCCAUCAUUAUCUCCAGCAAGUAACGACACCCAUUCUUCUGUCAAGCUCACCUGGGGAGCUUACCAGCAGCUGCUGAAACAGAAGUGUUGGCAGAAUGGCCGAGCCCCCAAACCUGAAUGGGGCUGUACCGAAGUCCAUCACCACGAGUGGUCCAAGGUGGCGCUGUUUGACUUUUUGUUACAGAUUUACAAUCGUUUAGAUCCGAACUGCUGUGGAUUCAGACCCCGCAAAGAAGAUGCCUGUGUAAAGAAUGGACUGAGGCCAAAAUGUGACAACCAAAACUCUGCCGCUCUGGCACACAUCAUCCAGCGAAAGCAGGACCCAAGGCAUUUGGUCUUUAUAGACAAUAAAGGUUUCUUUGACAGAAGUGAAGAUAAUUUAAACUUCAAAUUGUUAGAAGGCAUCAAAGAGUUUCCUGAAUCUGCAGUUUCUGUUUUGAAGAGCCAGCACUUACGCCAGAAACUUCUUCAGUCUUUGUUUUUGGAUAAAAUCUAUUGGGAGAGUCAAGGAGGCAGACAAGGAAUCGAGAAGCUUAUUGAUGUCGUAGAACGGAGAGCCAAGAUCCUUAUCACGUACAUCAACGCGCACGGGGCCAAAGUCUUGCCUAUGAAUGAAUGACAAAAGUUCACUGCUGGCUAGACGGCUGAUGUAUUUAUGCAGUUUUGUUUUGUUUUUAAACAAAGCACAUUAACUUUUUUUUUUUUAAGGAAAUGAGACGACACCAAUCAAUAGAUAAAGCAAAUAAAUUUAAUCAUGUAGACUCGAUGGGCUUGGGCAUUAUAUGUGGACUUGUUUUCAAAACAUACUGCUCGAAAACAUUUGCUUAUAAUUUUCUCUAAUAUUUUGACAAGUGGGUCUUCUGAUUACUGACAAGUUCCCAGUUAAUCCUAGUAAGCACUUGAAAUAUUUUUUUUUCAUUCGAUUUAAUAGAACAGUGUACACCAGAGGGCCCGUGCCCUUUAAUAAACCAUAUUAUAUGCCAUGUUUUGGGUCUCUAACUUUUAUUGCAAUUGGUACUUAGUAUUCUGUCCCUCACAGCACCCGGGGCAAUCCCACAUUGGACAACUGAGACACAUGAUCGUCAAAGGCAUCAGAGCCUGCGCUAACAUUCCAAAUAAAAAUAGUUGAUUAUGUGUACACCCAGUGGUGUAUUUUUGCUCACAUCUAUAAACAAAUCAGCCACCUCUUAGCAGCAAGAAUCGUAUUUUUCUAUUUUUGAAAUUUAUCAUGACAGUACGUAAGUCAUCCGCAUCCAGCAAUUUUCGCAUUACUUUUGCUCUUUUAGUUCUGGUCUUAUUUAAGUCUAGAGUCUUAGAAAAUUAAUUUUGAGGUAGGAAGUUACUGAUUUGACAUUACUUACAGAAUAUCUGUUUUAAUGUUUUAACUUUUCUGAUUUACAAAGGAUAUGCUGUGAUUUGUGUAUAUUUUAUUAUCAAUAGGGGAUUUCUUCAAGUUUGUUCUGCGUACUUAUAUUUAACCUGACAAUUAAUAUUGCCCAGUAUUGGCAUUAGGUAACAGAUAUCGAGUUUGUUUAAAUAUAUCAUUUCCUUUUUCCAAUGUGAGAAAUAUGAAAAAAAAAAUUUAAGCCUGCCACUGACUAGUGCUCCUCUAUGGGAGAGCCCAUGAUUUUAGAACAAAAACUGUGAUUUUGGACAAUAGUAGGCCUCGAGAAAUUCCCAAACUCUGUCAGUUUUUCAAUCAGUUUGCCAGGAUUUAGACAUUUGGCAUUCAUGUUUUGAGUCUUCAUGUCGCUGGAACAGUAAGGUCAACAUGAAUCACAGAAAUUCAAACAGAGGUUUCAGAUGUAGAGAAAACAUCGUUACCUUGCCAUCAUCACUGUCCUCGCUGUGAAGAAUUGAUUUACUGGUCCUUCUCUUGUCCCGAAAGUGUCAGGAUGUAUCCUAUCCUCUUUCCUCUCAGCUCCCUCUGAUAUCGUUACAGUGUAACACGUUUUCUGCCUUUUGAUCAAGGGUAUCUUAACAUCAGUGUGAAUCAGAAUUACUGAAGAGUUUAUAAGAAAGGUUAACAUAGGAAAAAAAAAUGAACGUGUCUAUACAUUCUUAUUUAUCACAAUGCAUGGAACAAAGUGUCAAAAUGGUGUGAUAAAUGCAGGAGAGGAUGGGUCAAGGAGAAAGGAAUGAUUUGCUUAUCUAAUUAGAACUGUUCUUUGCUUUCAUUCAAGAGUGUUAUGUUUAGCAUCUUCACUGCCACACUUGCCCUUGGAAAGCUGAUCUUUGGACCAUCCUUCUCUUCGAUUUUCCAUCAGUAGCCCUGUUUCUUUCUGCUUCCAUAUAUUCCUGUUCUCAUUGGUUCUUGAGUCUUUUCUUGUACCUGUUGUCCUUGAACUUUAUAAAGUCCUUUUCUGCAUUUGUUUUAUGAAUCAGUAACUCUUUGGGCAAAUUGUUUUACACCUUAGCUUAUCAAGGUUGCAUAUUUAGUUUCUCGUGUCUUUUAAGGAACUUGGCAUCUUAGUCCAAAAUGUAAUAUUAAUGAUUAGAAUCCUAGUCCCCUCGAAGCUGGCUUUAAUUUUCUGUCCUGUGCUGCACCGCUCUCAGGCAGCCUGGUCCUCUCACACAAGGAUGUAUGACUUUAUGUUGCUUUCUGUUAUUCCAAAAUGUUUAGCACUAAACGAAAGGACAUACAUGUUUGUCUGGACUUAUUAUUUAACAAUGUUUUUGUUUAUAAUCAGUGAAUAAUUCAUGAUGCAUUAUUUUUUUUUUUCUAUAAUGAGUGCUUGAAGACCAGGCGUCAAAUUCUAAAAUCAUUUUUCUUACUGAAAUAAUGAAAGUGCUGUGUGCAUUUCAAAUGCACUCAAAUUAUAUCAUGCUUUGAAUCAAAUAAAUGUAUGUGGCUUAUUUAUAACAAAUGUAAAAUGGAUUAAACUACUUUGGCAGACACACAAAAGUGUAUUACUAACUGACUUAUUUUUCUCAAUCUGAUGAUAUGAGAAUAAAUAUGUAUCUUAAAAAAUGUAUAAUAAAAAAUCAGAAAUGAAAUGUCUUGUGAUUUCUUUAAUUACAGGGAUUCAUUUUCUUUUGUAGGUUACUUUCAGAAACUAACAUAAGGAAUUUCUGCUAUCUUGACUAGUUAAGAAUCGUGUUUAUGUGGAUAUAUUUGAUAUCAUCAUUAAUGAUCAUUAUGGCUUCUCUUGGAGCAUAUAUAAUGGGAAUUCCAAAAAGUUCAUGGAAAAAUGAUAUUGAAAGCAAGUUUAUUUUGACACAAUUUUGAACACCCUUAAUACAUUUUGUGUAAGAAACAUUUUUCAUGAGCUUUUUGGAGAUUCUCCUGUUGCACUGUUUUAGUUGUAAUGCAAAUUAAUGAACAGAUGUACAUUAGAUUCAAUCUUUCAUUUCUUUUUUUAUUGAAGUGUUCCACUAAUUAUGUCUAAGUCUCAAUUUUGAAUUUGGUGACCAUUUCAAUGAGACAGUACUUACUAUCAAAGUCACCCUAAGAGAUAUACUUACUACUCAAUUUCAGUCUUUACAGGUGUCAUACUUCUAGGAUGAUGAGACAUGAUAAGUUAAGGUUUGGUUCACAACACUCAUAGUUAAGUUUAUUAAAUACCCCUAAGCAUCUAAAGUACAAAGUUAUUAUAUUUUAAUCUAGAAAACACAUAUUCCUCUCCUGAAAGCGUUUAAUAAACAGUUCAUUUUAUUGUACAUCUAAAUAUAUGUUACAUUGUGUCUAAUGAAUAUAAACCUAAAUGUGGAUUCAUUUAUUCACUGUCUGUGGAAAGACACAACACAGGAUGGUUCAUCUCUCUAGUAUGAGACUGAUAUAGGAAUUUUAUGUGGUUCAGCCCAGGAUGGCCGAAGGUCUUGGGCCUCUGCCUCCAUGUGGGAGGCCCAGAAGAAGCUCCUAUCUCCCAGCUUUGGAAGGGCCCAGCUCUUGCUGUUGUAGCAGUUUGGGGGUGAACCGGCAGAUGGAAGAUUGUUCUCUCUUGUUCUCCUUCUCUCUCUGUGAUUCUGAAGUUCAAUUGAAAUAAAUAAUUCUUUA